AUGGAAAGACAAGAAGCCUUAGAGGUCAUGGUUACUCAACUAAUUAAUGAUAUUAAGACAUUACAAUCUUCAUAUCAAAAGUUAAAAAUUAAGGAAAAUGAUUGUGAAUGUGAUAAUGUAUGUUGGUGCUUGGAAAACUUGGAUACAAUGAUGGAAAAGGAAGAAAAAACCUACCUUCAAAUGGUUGCUAAAAAGUAUGACAAUACUGAAAGAAAUCAAGAUGAUAACUCAAACGUGUCUGAUA